AUGCCAAAGAUACAGCCCGGAACGGUCGAGCCGGCACACCCCAUCGGCACACUCACCCAUUCAAAGUGGGCAAGGCCCGACUACCAAUUGCCAGUGCCAGCUCUCCAAUUCCUCUUCCACCUCGAAUGCGAGAUGGACACCUUCCGCCACAUUGGCCUAGGGCCCUUCGGAGAUAGGAGCACCGUCAUAUUUAAAGGCGGUCGAUUCGAAGGACCGCUCCUCCGCGGCGAGAUCCUGCCUGGCGGGGGCGACUGGGAGAUCGUCCGGGACCACGAUGGCGACCAGCAGACGGCUCAUCUCAAUACCCGAUAUAAUCUUCUCACGCACGACGGCGCCACGAUCUAUCUACAGACCACGGGCACCCGGACAGGGAAGAAGGAGGUGUUGGAGAAGCUGGGCGAGGACGAAAGCAUCGGACCGGACCAGUUUCGCAUGCGACUGCAGCUGACGAUGGAGACGGGUGAUGAGCAGUACAGUUGGAUUAACCAGGGAGUGUUUGUGGCCUCGUCGGGAAGGUCCGGCGGUCGUGUCAUUUAUGAUGCGUACCAGCUGCUGUAG